UUUUCCUCCUCCUCUAUGGAGCCCCGAGGCUCCCGCGACGGCAAUAGCGGCGACGGCAGCCCGGAGCUGGGUCGGGGCAAGCGGCUGAGCGUCGGCGAGUUGCGCUCGCUCUUCGAGGCGCGCUGCGCGGCCCCCAGCAGGCAGCUGCCCGAGCCGGUCAAGAAGAGCUGCCGGCCGCGCAACGGGGUGCUGCCGCCGGUGAUCCCGCAGCUGACCGUCACCCCCGAGGAUGACGCCGAUGAGGCGCAGUGCAGCCCGGCCGGGCGCCCGCGGACGGAGCCCGACGGCGCCUGGCUCACCGCGGACCUGCUGUCGUCGUCGCGCCGCCUGUCCACGUCGUCCCUCUCCUCCACCGGGUCGUCGUCGCUCUUCGAGGACUCCGAGGAUGACCUGCUCAGCGACACGGAGAGCAGGAGCCAAGGCAUCGUCCACCUGGAGCACGGCGAGGAAACGCACCAGAAAAAAGCAUGGCAGACGUUAAAAACGAUUGUCAAUUUGCCAGUCAUCAGUCCCUUCAAGAAGCGAUACUCCUGGGUGCAGCUGGCUGGUCACACAGGGAGUUUCAAGGCAGCUGACGGUGGAACGAUUCUGAAGCGCUACUCUGAGAAUGAGGAGAAGUGCUUUGAGCUGCUGAUGAAUGACCCACUGCGCUCCUGCGUCCCUGUCUUCCAUGGCGUGGUGGAGAGAGAUGGCGAGUCCUACAUGCAACUAGAUGACCUUCUAGCUAAUUUUGAAGGGCCUUGUGUGAUGGACUGCAAGAUGGGAAUCAGGACGUAUUUGGAGGAAGAAUUGACUAAAGCGCGAGAGAAACCAAAGCUGCGUAAGGACAUGUAUAAGAAAAUGAUCGAUGUAGAUCCUCUGGCACCCACUGAGGAGGAGAACUCACAGCAUGCAGUGACCAAACCACGCUAUAUGCAGUGGAGGGAGACAAUCAGCUCCAGUGCUAACUUGGGUUUCAGGAUCGAAGGGAUUAAGAAGGCUGAUGGGACUUGUAACACCAACUUCAAGACAACGAAGACACGGGACCAAGUCUUCCAGGUUUUUGCAGAAUUCAUUAAGGGAGAUACAACUAUAUUGAAAAAAUACUUGAGGCGUCUGUAUGACAUUCGUGGUGUUCUUGAGUCUUCUAAUUUCUUUAAACGGCAUGAGGUAAUUGGAAGUUCACUGCUGUUUGUGCAUGAUGAUAGUGGGCAUGCCAAUGUAUGGCUCAUUGAUUUUGGAAAGACUACCCUUCUUCCAGAUGAGCAGACCUUGGAUCAUAGGAUCCCUUGGCAGGAAGGGAACCGAGAGGAUGGCUACUUACUUGGACUGGACAAUUUGAUCAACAUCUUAGAAAAUAUAUUUGAGAGAUGAGAGGGACUGGCACAAAGUCACUAUAGGACCGCUCAGUUGCUUUUAAUUUUUCCAGAAUCAACACCCCCCUCCCCAGUCAGAGGGAAGGCUUUUAAAACUUUUGCCAGACUCUGGGGGCAUUACCCUGCUGCAAAAACGAGGUGGAAACUCAGAGCCAGCCUCUGGGAGCUUGAGAAAUCCAGGGUUAGCCAUGAAUGCAAAGAGCUAACUUCAGUUUCAUUGAACUAACACAGAAUAAUUUUCUGAACAUUUGGACGUCGGAUCAGGACAACUACUUCCUGGAGUGACAGUUGCUUGGAGCACAUGGGACGGAAAACAUUAGAAUUCUCCUCUGAAAUGUCUUCAAAAGUAAUAAGCAGACUUCCUAACCUUCAUGCUGCUGCUGCUCACACUGUUAGAUAGGAAUGUUCCCAUUCCAUGCAUUCACUUGUGUGCCAGGCAGCUUGGAACUUGGAGAAGAAUUUACAAACUCUCCUUCCCUUAUAUAUAAGUUUUAAUGGUGGUGCAGAAAAGUUUAAAUAUGCGCACAAAGUGCUGUUGAAGCUUCAGAAACCAAAGGGCACCUUGGGCUCUAGGAGCCAGUGCAAGAGUUUUUGUGCCCUACACAACUCUCCAUACCCCUCUGUUCCUUCUCGUCUUCUACCAUUCCAUUUUGUUGCCAACUGCUUUCCACAUAUUAGUUAAUCUGUGCCAAAACAUGUGGUGCUUGCCAGUAAGCCCCUCCCCCAAAUAUCUUGCACACAUCUACCCUGCAACCCUGCCCACAACUGUGCAACAGGUAAGUCCUACUGAUUUUUAACCAACCAUCCAAAACUAAUCAUGGGCAGAACUACAGUCUAAUGCUUUGAUUUGAGCCUGUGUGCCCACCCCCCACUGCUAUAGAGGAACCUAGAUUAGCUCUACCUGUUAGAGGAGCUGCCAUGGUAAUAGGGGAAGCAGAGGUUGAAACCAGACAAUUGCAGUUUGCACCAGGCUUUGUAUCAGUGCUUCUUUAUGAUUGCUAGCCUCUCCUUUUCUUCACUUGAGACUGUGCAUAAAGCUGUCCAGGUUUUAAAGUGUAUGAUCCAAGACAGACUUCGCCAAGCAGUCACUUUCGGGGUGACUGAAUUUCAUUGAGGUUGAUGGUGGCCCAGAAGUGACCACUCGUGAGCUGGAAUGCAUAUGACUUACUUGUGGGAUCACAUCUAAGUGACUUGGUUUACAGUGGAACCUCGGGUUACGU